GAAAGACGAUCGUCGCAUCGCGGCUCCCGAGCGGGCACAUUAAUAAACGUUAAUCUGCGGCUGACUCGCGUCCGACACGGUGCGAAUUUAACUAAAUCGUCGAUCGUGCAUCGAGAGGGGACCACGCCGCCGCAUCGAGCCGUCAAGGUCGUCCGUCGUCGACGACCGUGCUGGAUAGGGUACGGAAGAAGAGUGCCGACAUGUCGGCGUUGAACGCCGCGCUUUGUAGACGCGGGAUUAUCCUCUGGCUGGCCGCCGUCCUACUGCUGGCGUCACGAUCCACGCAUUCUGCGCCGGUAUAUGAUCAGGAUACCACACAGAUCGCAGAGUAUGAUGCAGCUCCUAUCGGAUGUUACUUCAACUUCCAGCGUUAUCAAGAAGGCGAUAGGAUCAUGACAAGUGAACCAUGUUUAAAUUGCACAUGUCACAAUCGAAUGUUGAUGUGCUACCUGAAAGUCUGUCCCUUCACGAAAGGGAUCGGUCAGGAUUGUACGGUAGAGAAGCGCCCGGAUCAAUGUUGUCCGGUAAUCACUUGUCCGGAAGUACCGGUUCAACUAUUAACAUCGACAACAAGCGCACCGGCGGGCUCGGAUUCCACGGAGGUCGGUUUCCACGAUAAUUAUGGAUGCCAUGUCAACCAGAGAUUUUACGCAGACGGCGCUAUGCUGCUGUUGGAUCAUCACAAUCCUUGCGAACUCUGUUAUUGCAUCAGGAACAGAACCACUUGUGUUAUGCAAGAAUGUACUUUACGAGUGGCGGGAUGUAAACCGGUCUACCAACCGGGUGUAUGUUGUCCGAUCAAAUACGAUUGCGAAUACGAUGAGGAAUCUAGCACCACGGUUGGUCCGACUCCCGGACUUAUCAUGACCACAACGCUACCACCCGGCGUGUUACCUCAAUGUUAUUAUGAGGACAAAGUCUACGAAGACGGUGAUCUGAUUAAUUCGUCACAGCCUUGUCAACAUUGUUAUUGCUUCCGAGGCGAGAUUGCUUGCGCGGUGCAAAAUUGCGGAACACCGAUGCAAGCGCAUGGAAAGAAUUGCACAGCCUUACCACCACCGGAAGGAGAAUGCUGCCCGACCACAUACCAGUGUGAGGAAGACGAGCAAGGAGUCUCCAUACUACCAGAAGAAGGUGAAGAACAACUUCCGGAGCAAACACCACACGAAGAACAAAUAACGACCGAGUCUCCUAUUAUAAUUGAUCAGGAGGAUCAACAAGUGAAAGACGAACGUCCUCAAGAAGAAACAUUCCCAGGGGCCGAUAAUGCUAUACCGCUCACUCCCGAGAGAGAGGAAGAAACGGGUGUUCAAGGCACUAUCGAACAUGUUACUAAAGAACAGAUUCCAAUUACCGAAAAACCUGAAGAACAACCCGUAACACCACCGACAGAAGAAAACGCUGUACCUGAGACAGAAACUACUACUGCUGAAAAAGAAUCCACUCUUUCUCCUGAACAUAUGACUGAAACUUCUUCCGCUGCGGUGACACAGGAAGUAACUUCUGAAGUACCUUCCGAAACAGAAGCAGCAAAGACGGAAGUGCCCACGAGUGAAAAAACUGAAGAAGGUUUAAUUACUGAGGCGCCUACUGCCGAACUACCGGAAGCUUCAUCUACUUCGGAAGGCUUGCAACCUCAAGAAGAAGUAAUAACUACGGAGCAUAUAUCUGAAGAACAUAUAAGCACACAAGAAAGCAUAUCUGAAAAAGAACACAGCACACCUGCUGCCGCCGAAAUAGAACAAUCGACUAAAUCUUCUAUUGGCGAAGAAGCACAGACCACAGUUACAAUAGAACCAGAAAUUAGUUCACACAAAGAAGAGGUAACUAUAACAGAAAAGGCGGAAAUAUCGGAAAAACCAGAGACUUUUACUGAAAUCAUUGAGAAAGCAACGUCGCCGAUUGCAGAAACCGAGGAAUCUGGUAUUAUUCCUGAAUCUGCCACUGAACAGAUAAAAGAAGAUAAAAGCGGAAUAGAAACUACACCAGGUGAAACCUUGGCUACAGAAACGGAAUCACCAGUAGAAGAAGAAAUGGGUCAUGAAGUGCCUAGUACUGAACAAGUUGAAGCAGAAGUGUCGCAUCCGACGGAAAUUGCUAGUACAGAAGAACCUCAAUCAAUUGAAGUAAGUGGUCUUCCUAAGGAACAACCUAUCGAAGAACAACAAAAACCUGUGACAGAUAAAGAACAACGGCCGGAAGAGCCAACAUCUGAGCACGCAAUAAUCAAAGAAGAACCUGCCACUGUUGGUGCUAAGAAAGAAGAUUCUGGUUUGACUGAGAGUCCAGAUAUAAGCAAGGAAUCUGUCACGGAAGGAGAACACGCAGAAGAAUCAACUCCAGAAAUUCCAGCUCAAGGUCCAACUGGUAUACCAAUUCCUGAACGAAGUCCUGGACAGAAGGCGGAAGAUGAGAACGUCUAUCACGUUACUGAAGAUUAUCAUGGCGUUACGCGUCCAGAAGUUAAUCCUGACAAUCUUCUAACUGAAUCUCCACAGAAAACACCUGUAACAUUACUUCCGCAGGAACCAGAAAUUACGCUGACACCAUCAGAAGAAACUCAGAAACCUGAAAUUACUGAAAUCACUACGGAAGAAACAAAAGCGGAAACUACUCCUGCUAUUACGAAAACUGAGACUAGCACAGAAACUUCUGUAACAACUAUUGCUUCUGUAGAACACGAGCCAGAAGAAAAAGCACCCGAAGAAAUUGAAAAACCUAGUGUAUCAGAAGAACCUAAAACUGAAAUACCAGAAGGAGAAGUUCAGUCUACGGAAGAAACUCCCAGUGGUGAAGAUAUGCCCACAAAAGGACUUGACGUCUCUGGUGAAAGUUCUUCCUCUGAGGAAACCAGUGGCGAACAAGGUGAGAAAAAAGUGCAACCAAAGAAAGAGCAGCCAAGCGAAGAAGAAGCAGGAACACAAUUUCCAGCCACAGAAUUGGAAAUGCCUGUAUCUAUUCCAGGACCGGAACAUUCAACGGUGCUUCCAAGUCUUGGAGAACAAUCAACAGAAGGUGAACAAGUCACUACCGUAAUUUCUUCUGCUGAGCAAUCGACACAAGUGCCACAAGUUGAAGAGAAAAUUGAAAUUACUACUACUGAAGAAGAAAAACCAGCAACCAGCGAAAAGCCAGUUGAGGAACAUGUUACAGAACAAUCUACUACAUCGUUGGGUAUAAUAUCAAGUGAAGAAGAAAAAGAAUUACAAACUACUCAAUCUAUCUUGAAAGAAGAGCAAACUACAGAAGCUGAAGAAAAGUCUACAACAGAAGCACCUGCUGGUGAAGAACGAAAAACUGAACAACCUGAACAAUAUUCUACAGAAAGAGGUCCAGAAGAGCCUACUGUUACAGAAAGUCAGGAAACUGAGGCGCCUAAAAUCGAAGAAAAGCCUGAAGAAGUAGAAAGUACAGAAGGCAUACCAACGGAAAGUGCAGAGACUGAAGUAAAACCAACGGAAAUUACUGAAAUUAAACAAACAGAAUUGCCUGUUACUGAAGAACAUCCUACCAAAAUAGAUGAAACUGAAAAAGAAGGUGAAGAAAAAAUCCCUGUAAUUAAAGAGAUACAGACAGAAAUUCCUGCAGCUGAAACUGAAUCUACUGAGACACCGAUAAAAGAGCAGACAGAAAAGGCACAAACUGAACCUUCCGUCACUGGAGGAUUACCGAGUCAGCCUUCGGUUCCUUUAGAUCGUAAGGAGGAUCAAGAAUCUGUUGAACCAAUAUUAAAUAAAGAAGAGCAAGGAAGCCAAGAACAAAUAACUCAGAAACCAUCUCUUGAAGAGAAGGAAGUAUCUGAGAUAUACGAAGAACCACAAAAACCAACAGUUUCCUCUGAAAUUGAAGUGACUCACGUUCCAUCUUCAGAAGAAGUUGUUACUAAAUCUGCUUUACCGGAAGAAAAACCGACUGAAGUUGCUGAGACAACGGAAUCUGUUGGCGCUGGUGAGGUUGCUACACAGCCACCUUUAGAGCAACAACCUGAAGUACCGAGCGUACAACCGGAAGAAGCCGUAACGAAACCACCUGAACAGGAAGAACAGACUGAAGGACCAGUCAUCAAAGAACAACCUGAGGAAAUAUUAACGAUAGAAACUACUUCUGUAACUCCUACCAGCGAAAUUCCUGAAGAACUAGUUACGAGCGAAAAAGAUGCAGGCAUUAGUAAAUCGACUGAAGCUACAGCAAGCGAAGGUACUACGAUACCCGAAUUGAUUUCUGAAGUGUCAACUGAAUCUUCUGGACCUGUUGAAGAACAUACAGAGCCUGAAAUUCCUGUUGAAAGACAACCGGAUGAAGAGGUUACGCUAUCAUCGACAACGGAAGAAAAACCAAGUGAAGAAGGUGAAACAGAAGAAGUACCUCCUGAAGUAUCAACAGAAAAAGCCGCAGUUCCAGUAACACCUGAAGUGUUUAUUCCUGAAAAGCCACCACAGGAAGAAAAAGAAGUUGCUAAAGAAUCGACGGAAACGCCAGAACAUUUGACGCUCGCUCCAGAAGAAACACCUCAAGUGAAAGUUACUACAGAGGUAUCUCAACAGUCAACCGAACUUCCAACUAGCAUUCCUGAAAAGGAAUCUCCUAUAGAGAAAGAGAGUAUACCAGAGAUCACAGCUCGUCCAUCAGGUAUUCCAGGAGAGGGCAAUUGCCUCGUCGAAGGACAAUCUUAUAAUAAUAAUUCAGCCGUUCCACCAGCGAAUUUGUGUCAGACCAGUUGCCGUUGUGUCAGCAGUAUUGUACAAUGCGAGCUUGUACAAUGUCCCGCGCCACCAGUGCACUUAUCGAACUGUAUGCCAAUUCAUAGUGCAGAGUCGUGUUGUCCAAUGUAUGCCUGUGACGAAACAUCUACUGCUCAAUCAGAAGUCAUAAAAUCCGAUAGUCAUAAAAUCGAAUCUCACAUUCCUGAAACGGAAGGAGAGGAUAAGAAGAUGACUACAACAAAGGAAUUAUUAACAGAAGCACCCGUUACAGAAACUGUAACAUCAAAAGAAUCUACUACGAUAGUUGGUGAGAUUAGUACACCAGAAUCCCAACCUGCGGAAGUUACUGUUCCCUCUGUCUCACCGUCAGAAGAAGAGAUAAAACCAACAGCGACUGAGAAGCAGCUGACUACUCCUGAGUCUGUCGAAUUACAACCAACUACAAUUAAACAACCUGUUGAGCAACAUCCUGAAGAACACACCAUAAGUCCGGUAUCUGAAACGUCGCAAGAAUCUGCCACUCAAGUGCCUGAAGAAAAAGAACAUACUAUUCCAGAAGAAACUACUGAAGAGGCGGGAGAAGCUAUAACAAAAUUGGCAGUUUCGACUGAGCAACCUGUUGAAGAGCAGACUACGGCUAGCGGCGAGGAGCAACCAAUAAGUAUUCCUACGAAUAUACCUCCAGAACAGGAACCUCAUGGUGCUGGAGAAGAAGUUACGAUUCCUACUGCGCCAAAAGAGCAAGAGACUUCCACUUCUGCUGAAAUAGAAGCUUCGACAUCUGCUGAGAGAGGUGAAGUUCCAACUAUUGUACCUAGUAAGGAAGAAGAAUCUAUUACGCCGAGCAAAGAGCAGGAGGAAUCUGGUGAAGGUGUAAAGCCGAUUAAAGAAGGUGAAAUAGAACAACCAGAAGAAGAAAAAAUUCAACCAAUACCAACUUCUGAAGAACCAAUUACUACUGAAGAAGAUAAAACAUCUAUAAAACCGGAAGAAGAAACUGUGACAGAAAAACUACCAGCGAAACCGGAAGUUUCAGAAGAACAAACGACUGUUGAGUCAAGCGAGUAUGAGAGUACUCCUAUUUCUGAUAUUUUACAACCGACGACAGAGCAGAAACCCAAGGAAACUGAACAUGAAGAAGAAAAAGAACAAGAAAUAGUUACAUCAACUGAAGGUGAACGAACUGUUGAAAUCGAGAAAUCAGAAUCUCAAACAAAAUUACCCACCACAAUUGCUUCAGACAAAGUUGAACAACCUGUUGAAUCGACGACUUUGGUACACGCAAUAACCGAAGAAGCGCCAUCAGAAGACCACACGACUGCAAAAUCUGAGGAAGUUUCCACAGAAGAAAGCAAGGGUGAAACAAAACCGUCAAUUUCAACUGAAGUUCCUGAAAUUGAAGAAGAACACGCUACAACUCCUGGAUUGCCUAGUGAAGUAGAAACACCUGGCGAAGAACCUGUUAAGCCAACCGAAGAAUCUACUUCUGAAAUUUCCCACAAAGAAACAUCACCAGAAACUGUUGGACCAACAGAAGGCCCAGCAGAAACAGAAACUACGGAACAUCCUGAAGAGCAUCCGGAACCUUCAAUUACAGAAGGAGAACCGUCUGUCACAAAAUUGCCUACGGAAAAACCAAUUGAAGUAGAACCUCCAGUCACUACGGAACAAUCAACUACCACAGUUUCUGAAGCAGAACAUGAAAAGCCCACUGAACCCAGCAUUGUUCACGAACCAGAAAGCACUCAAGUUCCGAUCGAAGUACAUCCGGAAAUUACACCUGAAACGGAAUCUCAUACGCCUGAAUUACCAGAAGAGCACACAAUAUCCGAAGAGGUAUUAACAACGUCUGCACCUGAAGGUGAACAGCCUUUGAAAGAAACUAUACCAAGUCUAGGCGAAGAGCAAACUGAGCAGUCCGUUGCUCCCGAAAUAGAAUCCGAAACACCUGUUGUAAAAGAAGAGCAUGUCACUACUCCGACUGAAGAGCAAACUCCGAAAUCUGUAGAACAAGUUCCUGUUGAGGAACAAACUAUUGCUCCCUCUACUUCCAGUGAAGGCGAAGCAACAGAACAGAUUACACCAGAAAGUGUAACGAUUCAAGAAGAACAAAAGACUACAGAUAGUGCUAAACCAGAAACGGAAUUGCCUGGUUUAACGGAGGAACAAACCGCUGGUCCCGAAGAAGAAGAACAGAAACCUGAAACUGGAGUAAAGGAAGAACCAGUUACAAUUCCAGAAGUUACAGAAAAAGAAACGACAGAAGAAGCUGUGACACCUGUUGGCAUUACGGAGGGUCAUCCAUCCGUGGAGGAAUAUACUCCACAAGAAGAAGUAACACCGUCCAAAGUUAAAACAGAUGCAACAAGUCAAGAACCGAUAGAAACAACAACUGCUCAGGAAGAACAGAGACCUGAAGAAGAAGGUCAAGUUACAAGUGAGAUCAGUUUACCACAACAUCCAUUGAGCGAAGAACCGAUAACUGUGGCAGUAGAAACAGAAGGUCCUCAUGAAUAUGAAACAACGUCUAUUGCAGAAGAAGUAUCGAAACCGGUGACGGAGGUCAGCGUGGUAGAAAAACUUUCACCUGAACAGGAAUCUGCUACAACUGAAGGUUUAAAACCAGAGGAACCCAUCACAAGAAUUUCUGAAAUAAGUCCAACUGAAAAGCCCGCGGAAGCUUUACCUGAAACAGAAAAACCAGUUCAACAAGAACAGGAAACAGAAUUGCCCGAGCAAGGUGAAACUACUACAAAAUCAGUUGAAGAUAUUUUGCUCAAGGAGAAAUUGCCAGAAGAAGUGGAAGCUGAAGUAAAGCCAACUGAAGCUCCUGUAAGUGGUGAAGAAGAAGAAGCACAUUCUACUGCACCUACUCCAAUUGAAACGACUUCCGUUCAGACGGAAGAACAACCGAUAACAAAAUUGCAGCCUACUGAAGAAUCUCUUCCUUCUCUUCCACCACAAGAGAUUCAACCUACUCAACCUGAAGAAAGUGAAGUUCAUACAAGUCUACCUGCGGAAUCUACCACAGAACAUGCACCUGAAAUACCAGACACGAUAGAAACAGAAAAACCAGUUCCAGAAAUUGAACAAACAGAACCGCCUUCGGAAACUACUGCAUCUACUGAGGGUCUAAUUAAGGUUGCUGACGUGUCUGAAGAGAAGACUACUAUAAGACCAUCAUCGGAAGAACCGGAAACCCAGGCUCCGUUAAGACCUGAGGAAGGUCCGCAAACGGCAGAGACACCGGAAGAAAUCCUCAUAAAGACGCCAUCUACGGAAUUAUCACCCGCAGAAAUAACGGAGAUUCCCGAAGAAGUUUCUUCUCAAGAGAGUGAGGACGUUGGUCAUCCGCACGAGAGUACUGUAAAGCCAGAGACGCUUGGAUCCGAUGAAGAACAUUUGCGACCGAUCAAUCAUACCGCGGAAACGACGGAACAACCAUAUCAACCCAGCUUCCACGAACAACGUCCAACAAGCACUUCGACUCCUCAUAUUCCCGAAUAUCCUGAUCAAACUGUACCGGGUGAGAAUCCUCACUUCCCAGUGGAUGGUGGCAGUUAUUUGCAUCCCGAUGACGAUUACGAGGAGGAGGACGACCUUACGGAUUAUGGACCGGGUACCUGCCGAUACGGUGGCAAAGUCUACGUUUCGGCGCAGCAGAUACCCAGAGACGAUCCGUGCGACUUUUGCUUUUGCUUUAGGAGCGACAUCAUCUGUCUCCAGCAGAGCUGUCCGCCGCCUAUUCCGAAAUGUCACGAGGAACCAAUUAGCGGCUUCUGCUGUCCUAGAUAUGAAUGUCCCGUAUCGAUGGCUACAGCUCUUAAUUUGACCACCACCACCACUACGACCACGACCACGUUACCACCGCAUUUCCAUGCUCACGCUUACAAAGGUGCUGCGAGACGAAGCGGUUGUCAGAUCGAUGGUCAUGCUUAUCGAGUAGGAGAAGUCAUUACCUCGCAGUCCGGACCUUGCACUCAUUGCAUCUGCGGAGGUGACGGCAAGAUGAAGUGCGAACCGCUAGUAUGCAGUCCGGAACCAAUGUUGAGGCAAAUGAUUGCUACGGUUACAGCCAAGAGAAGGAGAUGAGCCAUCGAACUAGAUCACGGAAUUCGUCAUUACAAAGAAGCAUAUACGAGGACGAGGAAGUUAACAACUGAAUUCAGUGUUGUAUAAAAGUGAAUUAAAAUUAUUCUAAACUACCUAAACAUCGCGCGAAACACAGACAAUAGUGUGCUUCGGCGAUUACGAACUGAGUGGCCAAAACCGUAAACACGCGUUUAUAUUAAUAAUGUUAUAUUAUGUUAUAUAAAAAAAAAAGCGACGACACAAGAGAGGAAGCAGGCAAUAAUAUCGGUCGGAUAAUUAUAGAUUAACUGCGUAUCAAGGCGCGUUAUCGGUGCUAAUACGCGAACACGGAAGGAGAAAGCGAAGCAGCACGAACGUAGAAAAUGUAAAAAAAAAAAACUUUUGUUCGUGAUAAUUCCGCGUUUUGUCUCGUGGGAUAUUUUAUAUGCCCUGAAAAGACGAAAAAAAAAAAUUACUGAACGUACGAGACUUAUGACUGUGCCUUCCUCAGUGUCGAAUAUCAGCGGCACUGCUUUUAUUUCGGCAACGAGCGCCGUCCGCAGCCACGGUCAUCGUCGUCGGUAUUAAAUAAAUCAGAAGAGUCGCCAUCACGACUCGCGUAGGUGAUGGGGGGGGAAAAAAAGAAGAAAUGCGAUGAAUGCGUUUCGUACGACGCACAAAAAAUAAAAUAAAAAAAAUUUAACACAUCGGCCGGUCGGUCACGCAGUGAUACUGAAACAGCGGAGGAAAAUCGUAUGAAGGAUACCUCGAUCUGCAGUUCGUCUAACUAGCUAGAAGUUUUUUAAACAUUUUUCUACGCAGACUACACGUCCACGGUAUCCUUCUUAUGAUGUAACGCUAAAAAUUGAGGAAAAAAGUGUAAAGUGAAAAAAAACGAGAUUACGACGGCAUAUCGCCUUACGGCUCUUACGGUAUCACUACGACAAUCUUAAGCAACGACGAUACGUCAUUAACACGGUCGAGCGUAUUCUAGAUCGUUUAUUCGGGUCACAUUACUGAAGUUUGCUGACGUUUGCGCACUUGAACACGAUCGAGAUUAAUGGAUCGGCAUAGCCAGCCGACCGUGCUUCCAGUACUUUUAAGCCGUGAGGAUCCGAAGAUCCUAGUCGUUUUCCUCUAGAGGAAAAACUUCCGAUCGAGUCAUCUUUCUUUUUUAAUUGAUCUGCCAAGCGUACGUAUACAGUGCCAACGAUCGUGUUCCAGUGCGCGUGCGAGUGUGUGUAUGAGCGUGUGUGUGCAUGAUGCAUAUAAUAUGUUGAAGGAUGAAAGAGGAAGCAAGAGAGACGAAAGAUACACGCAUCUCAAAGCUCAAACAGCGGCUCGCGCGGAGGACCGAUCCGUGAAUUUGCUUCUCCGGCGAGCUGGCGUCAUUAUAUAUAAAUAUAAAUAUAAAUAUAUAUAUAAAUAUAAAUAUAUAUAUACAUUUAUAUAUAAUUCUUUAUAUACUCUGUACCCUCCUGAUAAUAAUACUUAACGAUAACAAUGUUCUAUACGUUUGUACGAAAGUAUAGUUAUCUAAGACGGGAUAAUAAUUGCCCACGCCGGUUCUCCAGUCUCAAAGUGUCGCGCUAAAAACGAAAAAGCGAUAUCAACCUAUGAGAUUUUUUGGAUCAUCUUAGGUUAAUUAUUUAUCUUAGUAGCGAUGAUACACGACUUGCACGAUAUCAUUGUCCAAAAGAAAGGAGAGCUAUCACGCAUCGUCACGCUUUGAGACUCUGGAACUUCGCGGGCUCUCUUUAGUAUAAUAAAUAGAACGAAUGCUAUAUCGUCACACAAAAUACUGCGCAUACUGUCUGUAUUUAUAAUAAUCGGACGAAGACGAGUCGAAGUUCGGUCUUCCUGAUAUCAGCGGCCCGUUAGUUCUAGUACUCGUUUAUUGAUAACUAAUUAAGCUCAUAUCCCAGAAGAAGUUUCUUGCGGAGAACUAUUACGAGAGUGUUUUCUUUUUUUGUUCACGCAAAGAAUCUCGCUCGACUUAAAAAAGACCAACGAAUAACCGCGGCGUAUUCAUAUGGCUUCCAGGACAACUCGGUCGUGAUAUACAAAGUGGCCAUAUUGUUACUGUCACUUGUCAGCUAUGAACAAAACAAACCUUCUAUGCAGCAUCGAUAAUAAAUGAUUGAUAUACAUAUUAAACAAUUUUGUACUACAAUUAUAACAAAGUUAAAAUAUAAAAAUGAUUAGCGCCUUAACAUUUUUGUUGAAAAACAUUCGAAAUUCCAAAUAUUUGUAAAUAAAAAUAAAAGCGAGAGUAACGAAAGACCUUGAAUAUUUAACACAGUCAGGCGAUCAAUUUGUAUGAUUUUUGAUUAAAUCGAGAAAAGUAAAGAUCAGUGAACUGAAAAUUGAUGAACUAGCGCGAUUUGUUUGCCUUUUAUCAGAAUUAAACUUAUUACGCUGGUAUUAUUGUAGCAAGCGACGUGAAAGAUUUUUGAUAAAUAAUUUGCUCAAAGCUUAUUGAAAGUUACGCGACUGAUAACAACGCGUAUAAUCGAUCGUUAAUGCGCGCCGGCGCAACCGGUACGAUGAUAUCAUAUGUAUAAGCAAUCGAUUAUCGCGGCUAUUGUUUAAAAUAAAGUCGAGUCAGUUCUUUCCAAGCCAAUAUUCUAGCGAUUAUAGUCUGAAUCUAGUAUUUAUCUUGAUAUUAUCGCUCCUUUCAUUCAUAGCGAGUAAUAUUAUCGAAGGUAAAUGAAUGUCGAAUGUUUAUGAAUAAGUACGAUAUUAUGGUAUGCAUAUAGCUGUAAUAACGUAAGAUAUAUGACCAUGGUAAAUACAUAGAAUGCAUGUAAACUAAUGUCGAAGUUGAGAGACAGCAAAGUGUCCGCGAGGCGCUUUUGCAUCCAGACUUGUGCAACUUUAGAAAGAUAUAUUUACACAUUAUAUUUACGUACAAAGCGACCAAUUUUUUAUUCACUUAUGUCAACUGCCUUCGUACAAUUUCUAUAAAAAUAUUCACGUUACGUUCUCGACAUAUAUUUGUGAUUCUUCGAUAUUGAUCAAUGUCGAGGAGGAAUAUGAUAGCAAUAUUUAAAUUGGUUAUGUGUGUGUGUAACGCAAAGGAAAAAAUAUAGCGUUCGGUAUGUGAAGAUACUCGAUCCUCGCGAUGGAUUUCCCGACUUUCUUUUUAUAUGAUCACAGUGGCUAUCGCGCUCUUAUCCCGCAUUAUGCAUAUAAUUUGAUAUCAUUUGCCGCGUAUUAUGAUAUGUGAUAAAUGGAUAAACGAGAGCGAGCCGGAAGAGUCCCGGCAGUGCCGACUGUAUGGAAGUAGGCUAGAUUUGACAGUACGUGCUAGUAUAAAGUGUCCUUUUAUAUGAAUAAAAGAUUUUGUAUGUCAAUCUA